AUGGAAGAUAUAGAAGAUGUUAUUCGUGUUACUACGGUUACUAAUUUAAAGCGAAAUCAUGUGAUUGCCAGGAAACGUUUGAAAGGAGAUGAAGAAAUAUUUUAUGGUGAUAGUUUUGUUCCUGGAACGCAAAAAAUCUAUAUAAGAACAUGGGGUUGUACACAUAAUACAAGCGACUCCGAACAAAUGGCUGGUUUACUCUUAGCAGCUGGUUAUCAGCUGACCAACAAAAAAGAAGAUGCGUCUCUAUGGAUACUAAACAGCUGCACUGUAAAGACACCAUCUGAAACGCAACUCGAAAAUACAGUUAAGGAAGCUCAAAAAUUGAAUAAGUUUAUCGUUGUAGCGGGCUGCGUAUCUCAGGCUGAACCAAAUCUGCGAUUUUUGGAAGGAAUCUCAAUAGUUGGAGUUAAACAAAUUGAAUGUAUAACUCAAGCAGUGGAAGAAACAUUGAAAGGAAAUUGUGUUCGAUUCUUGUCGCGGAGAAAACCAAAUUCGAACCUGUUACUUCCAAAAAUACGAAAAAAUAAAUUUAUAGAAAUUCUUGCAAUCAGUAGUGGUUGUUUGAAUCAUUGCACAUAUUGCAAAACAAAAUCUGCUCGUGGAAAUCUGGUUAGCUUUCCACUCGAUAGCUUACUAGAGCGAGCACAAAAUGCAUUUGUUGACGAUUGCAAAGAACUUUGGCUGACAUCCGAGGAUUUGGGCGCUUGGGGUCGUGAUAUUGACAUG